AUGAAACUUGUUGGUGCAGAUAUAAUAGAUUUAACUAAAAAUAUAAAAAGACUUUUGGGUAGCAAACAUCCUUUAUUAGACACUGUUAGUAAAUAUUAUUUUCUAACUGAUGGAAAACAUAUAAGGCCUUUGAUUGUGUUGUUAAUGUCUCAAGCAACCAAUGACCUUUCUGCUCUUUAUUAUCCUUCUAUUUCUUCUACUACAGGUGCAAUAAUUCUUCCUACUCAAAGACGUUUAGCUGAAAUAACUGAGAUGAUUCAUACAGCUUCACUUCUUCAUGAUGAUGUGAUUGAUUUGUCAGAGACACGUCGUAAUCAACCAUCAGCAAAUAUGAAUUUUGGUAAUAAGAUGGCUAUACUUGCUGGUGAUUUCUUAUUGGCUCGUGCAUCAAUAGCAUUGGCAAGAUUACGUAAUCCAGAAGUUAUUGAAUUAUUAGCUACUGUUAUUGCUAAUUUAUAUUAUAUGGAAAAGACUUAUAUGAAGACUGCAAGUUUGAUUGCAAAAAGUUGUAGAGCUGCUUCAAUACUUGGUGGAUCAACAGUUGAAGUCUGUGAUAUUGCUUAUAAUUAUGGUAGAAAUUUAGGAUUGGCUUUUCAACUAGUAGAUGAUAUGCUUGAUUUUGUCAUAACAUCAAAAGAUCAAUUAGGUAAACCGGUAGGAGCAGAUUUAAAAUUAGGAUUAGCAACAGCACCAGUUUUAUAUGCAUGGGAAGAAUAUCCUGAAAUUGGGUGA